UCUCUCUCUACCUCUGUCUCUUUUCUUUUCUUUUCUUUUUUUUAUAUUAGCCAGGUUUAUAUAUAUAUCUAUAUAUAUAUAGUAUGAUCAUAUUUAAACCAGACUGGGUCUUUCAUGGUGAUCGGUCACAGGAAGGUUCGAAAAUCAAGAAACAAUGUAUUUAUUCUAUUGAUGUACAUCCUGAUGGCAAACGACUAGCAACUGGUAGUUUAGAUACCACAGUGAAGAUUUGGAAUACUGAUCCGAUAUAUGACGAAAAUGCUGAAAAGAAUCCGAAAUGUCAUAAGUUGUUAUGUACAAUGACUUUGCAUAGUGGGGCAGUAUUAUGUGUACGUUGGUCAAAAGAUGGACGAUAUCUUGCUUCCAGUUCGGAUAAUGAUAAUGUGAUUAUUAUAUGGGAAUUGGAUAGCGAGGCUGGUAGUGGUUCCGUAUUUGGUAGUAGUGAAGUUAAUCAUGAAACAUGGCGUGCUGUCAAAUAUCUACGUGGACAUGAUUCAGAUGUGCAGGAUUUGGCUUGGUCAAAUAACAAUCAAUAUCUUGCUUCUUGUGGUGUGGAUGGUUUUAUCAUUAUAUGGGAUGCUCGAACGUUUGAGCAAAUACAUAAAAUAGAUCAGCAUAGUGGAUUUGUGAAUGGUAUUACAUGGGAUCCAGUAGGGAAAUAUUUGGCAUCCCAGUCGGAUGACAAGAAGGUCAAGAUCUGGAGAACAUCUGAUUGGCAAGAAGAAGCUGAAAUCGAAGACCCUUUUUAUAAUGCUCCUGGUACAACAUUCUUCCGUCGUCUUAGUUGGUCUCCUGAAGGAUCUCAUAUUGCUGCAUCAAAUGCUGUAAAUGCCAAUCAAUGUGUUGCUGCUAUCAUCAGUCGUGAUAAUUGGGAUUCUGAUGUCUCUUUAGUUGGUCAUGAUGUACCUAUUGAAGUUGCUUCAUUUAAUCCAAAAUUAUUUUAUGGUAUUCAACUCGAUGAAGAAGAGGAUGAGGGAGAGACUGAUGAUGAAGAUACGAAGAUGGAAGUCGACAGUAACGAUCGUGAUGGCAAAGAUACUCUGGCAAGUGUAUGUGCAUUAGGUGGUCAAGAUCGUGGAUUAUCUAUUUGGGUGACAAGACGUACAAGACCUUUAUGUGUGGCUCGAAAUGUAUUCGAAAACAACAUUUAUGAUUUGGCAUGGACUCCUGAUGGUCAAACUCUAUUUGCAUGUUCUCAGGAUGGUACCAUAGCAUGUUUACAAUUGAAAGAAGAAUUAGCGGAACCUGCAUCAGACGACGAAGUGUUAAAAAAAUUAACACAAUAUGGAUAUGGACGGAAGAAUACACAAUUACCAGAAACCCCUUCUCAGCUGGAUCUAGAAGCGGAAAACAAGCCCAAUGCAUCUCAAUCCACAACGACUGCUCUAGCAACAACGACAACACCAUCAACUUCAAAUCGUAUUGCCAACAUUAUGAAUGGUGGGAUGAACGGAACAGCAAUCGAUUUGGACACUCGAUCUGAAAAUGCAAAGAACAACAAAAACGAAAUGACGGAUGCAACUGUAAUACAGAAGAAAAACGAUGACAAAUUUACAUCCUCCUCUAGUGGUGUAGCUACUAUCACUGAGCAAAAAGUGACUAUAACAAAAAGUGGAAAACGACGUAUUCAACCUAUUGCACUAUCAAGGAACACAGGAUUAUCUACAACCACUCCAUCAACACCAUCUACACAACGACAGAUUAUCUCACAUAUAUCACAACCACCGUUGGAAUCCGUGGAUUAUGAUUUACCAGUAAUGAAUCUCGGCAAAAAUGGAAUUGGUAGCACGGUAGUUGGCAACAAACGCAAAGCACACCCAGACAACGUGGACAACAAUCAAACAACUAAUGGAAUCACAAUGCAACAAACAACAAAAGACAAUGAACCUUUACGGCAAAAACCAGCUUGGAUCGAUGCAGCUAUUAUUCCCCCUAUAGUUAGUCAAAGUCAAGUCAAACUCGGUUUACCAAAAGUGAAAUCAACAAUGAUUAAUAGGAUAUCACAAGAUAAUCAAGUUACCGUGAUGGAAUGUCAUAACCCAACUGGAAAACAAGGCUCGGAAAAUACAAAGUUACUUACAAGUCGACAUGGAACAAUCUUAUGGACCGAUUAUCUUGCAAGUGCGAUAUUACUAAUGACUGGAAAUGAACACUUUUCUGCAGUUGGAUGUGAAGAUGCUAGUAUUCUUGUUUAUUCGCCGGCUGGGCGAAGACUUCUACCACCGAUUGUACUUGAAAGCACACCUGUUGUGAUAACUUGCAAUGAUUGUUGGCUUUUAUGUUUGACAGCAACUGGUCUUUUAUAUACAUGGGAUAUCGUUCAACAAAAAAGUCAAUUUACAUCAGUCUCUAUAUCACCAUUACUACGAGUGGCUCAAACACUGGCAUCAGAAGAACCUCAUGUAGCACCAAGUCUCAAAGAUAUACGGAUUCAAAAAAAUGGACUUCCACUUAUCAUUACUAGCUAUCAUCAAGCAUUCACCUAUCAUACAGGUAUGAACACUUGGUUACGAAUCAGUGAUGCGUGGUUUAUUAUAUCUGAAUUUUGGGGAUCUGGAUCAUCUUCCGUGGAAAAUCACCCUCUUGGAUGGUUAUCUACUGCGUUGACUAUGACAGGAACAGCAGAUCCAACAAAUGAAUCUCUUAUGGCUCUGGCAAAACUUGAUUCUGAUGCGGCAAGUACAAUUACCAUUAGCCAUAUUGAAAAUCAAUUGGCUGCUGCUCUUAUUCUAGAAUCGGCAAAAGAAUACAAAGAGUGGAUGAUAUACUAUGCGAGGCGACUAUCAAAAGAAAAUGCUCAAAAAAAAGUGGAAGAAUUAUGCCAAUGGCUUAUGGGACCACCUUUUGUACAAUCGACAAAUGGUGAAUGGGAAUCUACUAUAUUGAAAUCGAUACCCAAGCACGAUCUACUGAAAGAACUUCUCCCAGUAUUAGCUCAAAAUCGACAAUUACAAAGAAUUACAACAGAAUUUCGAUCACUAUUAUGAAUGAUUCAAUUUAUAUAUGAAUAAAAUAUUAUUCUCUCUCUUUUUUAUGU